GUCGCUCCUCUCCUUGUGCUCCCUUUCGCUCAGAAUCGACUCCCCGAGCAAACUGUAGGCUGUUUUCUCCAAACCGCUGCAGCGAGGGUUUCUCCUCCUGUUUUUGUACUUUCUGGAAAGGCUGUGGAAACCAGCCAGGAUGUUUUACUCUGCUGGAUGGGCUCGCUGGAAACGCUGCUCAAACUUUCAGCUUGGAGCCCAAAUGUAAGGAGAGUGGACCUGACGAUGUGGCGAAGAGCCGGGGAUGAAAACGUGGACUCCGGAGCUGACACAGCCGAAUCUGACGGCAGCAGAAUGUCGUCGUCUGCUAGUGAGCUUAUGAGCGGCCGGGCCAGGCAGCACCGCCAACAACCACUCUUGCCGAUAAACCUGCAUUUGCUGGCCAACCCUGGAGAUUCUUUGCUUCUGCAGCAGACGCUGGACCGCCUGCUGCGCUGGCUGUGCCCGAGCCUCCGGGUCUUCCAUGUAUCAGAGAGGGCUUCUGCCUUCAGAGCUCACACUCACCUUCGUCCUGUGGCCGACUACCCUUCUCUGGCCAUCACCUUCUUCCUCCAUGAAGCCUACGGAGAGGAGCGGAUCCUCAAAGUGCUGGACUUCUUCCAGCGCCCGCCCUGGCAGUACCAUCACACUGAGAGCUGCGGCAGCCGAACCAGAGGGAUCCACAUCACUUCCAGCAGUUCCCCCUCCAACGCGUUGCUGCGGCCCUACCUCCUGCCAAGCAGAGACUUUUACAGUCUGGGCCCCGGCAUGCCUGUGUGGGGGGUGCGACCCGUGCACUGUGGAGGAGAAAUCCUGCGUAUAACGCUGUACAGCAGCGAUGACAACUAUGAGGACGCUGUGAGGUUCUACGAGACGGUUCUGCAACGACAAGCCGAGGAGCAGAAGGCUGGUUUCUGCUGGUUCACCCUCCAUGCAGAGCCUGGUCUCUGCCUUCAGCUGGCUUUAAAACAGCUGUCUCCAGGGGUUGGAGUGGAAGCAUGCAGCUCUGCUGUGCUGCAGUUCAGUGUGGAAGAAGUGGGACAGCUGGUCCCCCUGCUGCCCAACCCCUGUGCCCCCAUCAGUGAUACACGCUGGCAGACUGAAGACCUGGAUGGUAACAAGGUCCUCUUUCAAGUGAAGGCUCCAGCUCAACCACAUCGACCUCUGACCUGUGCGUUCCCUCUCACCUGCCUCAGUUUGCCACCUCAAGGAGUGCAGCUCCGGAGCGGCGGUCACGGAAACGGUUUCCUGCCAUGCGGCCUCACUGCUUCCCUGACGAUGCAAACUCACAGGCAAGGAACCGGACUGCGCGGCGAGCCUGUUCUUGACAAGCUGCUUGGAGGAUGUGGAGGAGCAGAAAGCCAGGGGUCAGGCAGCUGCUGCAGCACCCCUCCUGGAAGCUCCUGUUACUCAUCUCAGCGCAGCAGCCCCGCUCAGCUCUCCACCUCCAACCACCCCGACUCUCCCCUGCGUCCCUCCGUCACCCGCUCUCUCUCCCAUCUCCUCCUGGAAGAGGAAGAAGAGGAGACCAACGUCGACACUGGAGACGCCGUCUCUCCCCUCUCAGACACCACCGUCGCAACCAUCACUCGCUCCUCCUCUUUUGACCUCUUGAGGACUCGUAACUCUGAGAGGCCUUCAGUGGCUGUGGAGCAGCAGGCCAAGGAAUUAACUAAAUGUUUGCCACAGACUCAUAUUAACCAUCAGGCGCCCUCUGGUGGCUGCAAAGGUGCAACAGAGAAGAUCAGGCCCACUGCAAGGGGACAAAGGCCUUCACAGAAGCUGUUGGCAGAGAACAGCUCAUCGACAGAGCUGUUGUCUCCAUACAUAAACCAUGAGGAGCCAGUCGAUGAGUUCUUUAUCUGAUUCCCCGUCGUAUAAUCUGUCCACAGGUCACAGUGGUGCAUCCUGAUAAAUGAGGGCCUGUUCUGGAGAACGAAACGUAGCAAAGUGAGGCGACCCGCUUCACCCAGAGGUGUCUGAACCCUUUAAGUGGCUAUACUGGUAUUACUGGUUCAUGUUUUACAACAAGGACACUCUCCAGAGACCCAGCAACUUUGAGAUUAUGUCAGCAGUGCAGACUGUUAAGCUUUUACAAAGUACUUUACAAUAAUAUUCACCUUAAAGUUUUUCUCAUUUCCUAAUGUUGCUACCAUGAACACCAAUGCAUUUUAUUUGGAUUUCAAGUGAUAGACCAGUAUAAAGUAGAGGAUAAUUUGGAAAUUGAUGACAAAUUAUGAUUGUUUUACAUUUUUCUUUUUGUCAUAAAAAAAAAGUAUCAGCUCUGAUCAGCAUCCCUGUUACUGCUGAAUGAAAGAAGUCCCACAGCAUGAUGCUGCCACCACGUUUUCAAUAUAAGACUGCUGUGGGAGCUUUCCUCCAGUGUUUUGCAUGUGAUCAGACCUUCUUCUACAUGUUUGCUCUGACGUCUUAUAACUUUCGUCUUCCCGCUCUUCCUCUAUGGGUUUGCAGGUGUGCCAUAUUCUUUCUAUUUUCAGAUGAUGAAACUCCAUGAGAUGUUCAAAGCUUGGAAUAUCACCAAACCCUUCCUGCAUCUCAUUUAUUUUUGGUGAUUUUUAUUAUUUUUUUUAUGUUUACCGGCAACUACUGCACUUUUUACCUGAUAUCUGCAUUUCACUUUUCAGAUUUGUAUUUGCAAAAAAAAAAAAAAAGAGUAACCCAUGUAACCUUUUUCUUCCAUUUGAUGGUUAUUUACUUUGUGUUGGUCUCACAUACAAUCCCAAUAAAAUAAAUGUAAAGUUUGAGUGUAGUUAAAAAUGUGACAAAAUUCAAGGGGGAUUCAUAUUUUUGCAAAGUAUUGCAUUUGGAUUUUCAAAUGAUGUAUGUGGUUAACAGAUUUCUGUCUAAAAUCCAAGUCGGGCAGAAGAUUUCCUGCUGCAUAGGAAAGUUUAUACCUGAAUAAAAAUGAUACUAAUCUAGAAUA